CACUAAACCUAAUUUCAUUUCACACGCAUUCUCCUGGCUGCCUCCAAUCUCCAUCUCCUUUUCAGAAAUCGCGCAUUCUCCUAAUCUCCUCUCUUCCUCGCCUGACGCCUCCUCUCUCAUUCCUUCUUCGAGGCUUUUGUGCUUCUGUGCUCCUGUGCUUCUCUGAUAAUCGCCUCCUCGCCUUCAACCCAUCGACAAUCGAGUAUCGACAGUGCUUCUGUGCUUCUUCGAGGCUUCGAUGCUCCUCCUCCAAUCUUCAAACUCCAAUCUCAGCAUUCACCACGGAAUCAAGUGUGGAAUCUCGUAAUAAUGGGACCAAAGAAUCUAUAAGUAAACUUGUUUCGGACUUGAACAGUGCAACAUUGGAGCCAGAUGUUGGUGAGAUUUUCUCAGAAUUAUUAUUCAUCAUCAUGCUAUGAAACUGUAACUUUGUAGGGUUUCUCAGAAUUGUUGGAUUGGGAAAGGUGGGGCUUUUACUGGAGAAAUCAGGUGAACUUCCUCUGCUUCCUAUCAAUAUCUUUUGACUUUUUAUGCCAUGUGGUCUUUUUAUUACUAAUUUAUAGUUAUCUCUUGUUUUCUACAAGCUUAUUCCUGGUUAUAAUAGUUGUAUGAUUAUUUUCUACAGUAUCUGUGGAAAUUCAAUUUUCAAUUUCUAAAACAUGCUUAGCAAUAAGCAUGUAGAUCAGUCUAUAAAAGUGUCAUAUAUGGCUGUUAAAGAGUUUUUUGUCCCAAAUUAAAUUGUAAGAAAAAUCCACUUGAUGUUCUAAACUUUAAUUCUUCUUCUGACUUCUCUUGGUCUUGUAAUGCCUUUAUGCUCAUGUUUGGCCCAUAUUGGAUGCUAACAUCAUUAGUUUGUAGGAUUUCCAUAUCAGAUUCAUUAGGCAUAUUGAUCCAAUUAUGGUCUUCAAUUUUUGUCUUUGUUUGUGGUCUAUUUAUAAUUGGAUCAAAAACUUAUGGAGCAUUUAAGUUUGUUGCAAAUCAAGUUUUUCGGGGUAGCAAGCUCAACUCUUCAAGACUUAAAGAUGAGGAUGAUGAUAACGUUCAGGAUGAUGUAUGCAAAGCAGUCGUCCCUUGGGUACCUUCUCAUACACUCAACCCAUUACCAGAAAUACAAACGGAGGUGUCAGAUUCAAUGGAAGCAGAUGAAAUUGAAGCAUCAACUAUGGAGAUUGAGAAUGCAAAGUGCCUAUCACUUGUAAAUUUUUGCAUGAAAACUUGUAUAUGGUAGGAGAAUUAUUUUGGAAAAUUGGUUAUACGUUACAUGUAUAUGAAUUAGGUAUAUUUUUGACACACGAUAAUAUUUGGGACGUGUGAUAUUUUGGGAUACAAAUUAAUAUAUAAUGAUAAUCGGUGAUAUUAGUUUA